GGGUGUGUUUGUUUUUCGCCAUUGUCAAACAAAUUCACAAUGUAAAUGUUUCGAUUAUUCAAUAUUUGCAAUAUGACAUUGUGAUGGCCACAAUCGUUACGUUAUGUUUGUGUUAAAAUUAAUAAUACUCAACGAUCGUUACUAAAUCAAUGUGAAUCAUGACAUUACCCGGGUAAUGAUGGAGCGACGAACUCGGCGUGUUAAACAAAUAAAUUGUAUUAAUUAGUUAUUUAUUACUAAUUAAAAAUAAAUAAAAUGGCUACAACCAGGAAUAGGAUUAUAUUAAUCACGAUUUUAAAAUGUAGUUUCUUCGUAAAUAUUAUUGAAAUAGUGGCUAUGCCGCAGGAAUUUCAAAAUUCUUCAACUCUCCAGAAUCGAGGUAUUUUACCACCUACUAGUCUGGUCGUGGAAAGGGUGACACCAACAACUCUUGAAUUGAAAUGGGAUAAACCACAAAAUCUUAGUCCUAAUGCUCAAUACUAUUACCAGAUUGUUUACAGUAAUAACAAAAUAACUAAUUACCAUAAUGUGAGCAGUGAUGCACCAAGAGCCAUUUUAACUGGUUUAGAACCUUUUAUGUUGUACGAUAUUUUUGUAAGAGCUUUUGAUGAAAAUGGAAAUGUGGGUUCACAAUCGACGUCAGUAAAAACUAAAACUGAUAUUAUGGGUCCAAGUGCUCCAACUGUCAUGAUUUUGACUUGUGAAGAUGAUAAAACCGCGAAAUUUAAAUGGCAGAAGCCUGAUUAUUUUAAUAAUAGCAUUGAUUACUACAAUGUCAGUAUAAAAGCAAAGGAUUUGAAUAUAUCUCAAUCGAUACCAUACAACACAAACAGCAAACAAGUCGAAGUUGAGGUUACAAUUCCAAAUCUCUUUCCGAAUGUGAUAUAUGAAUUUCGCGUUCGAGGUGAGUCAAAGAGCAUGGUCGAUAAUACUAAAUUGAUUUAUGGAAACUAUUCUGAUCCGAUGAUGAUAAUAAUGAAUUCCACUUGCAAUAAUAUAAUUGCUAUAAAAAAUAUGGACACAGAGGAAAUGAGCACUGGAGUCAUAUUGGGUAUCAUAUGUGCCAUUUGUGCUAUUAUGCUGGCAAUAAUAGCUUUUAUUUUAUGGAAACGCUGUUUCCAUACUGCAUAUUAUUACCUGGAUGAUCCUCCAGAAAACCCUCCUCCGACAUUAAUGAAUUGGGAUUCUCAAAUUGAUGAUGGUCAAGGACAUACUACGGUUUCUAUUGCAAAUUUUGCAAAACAUACUGCCAAUUUACAUGCAGAUGGUGAUAUAGGUUUUAGUAAAGAAUAUGAUGCUAUUCAAUCAGAAUGUACUCCUGAAGAAUAUACAUCUCAAAUUUCACAACUUGCUGAGAAUAAAUCGAAGAAUAGAUAUUUGAAUAUUAUUGCAUAUGAUCACACAAGAGUACGUCUAUUGCCUGUGCCUACAAUGAAAAAGGAUCUAGGUUAUAUAAAUGCAAACUACAUUGAUGGUUUUCAAUGUUCCCGAGCUUAUAUAGGAACACAGGGCCCAUUACCUUCUACUUUCGAUGGAUUUUGGCGCAUGGUGUGGGAACAAAGGGUUUCAAUAAUUGUUAUGAUCACAAAUCUUGUAGAAAGGGGUCGGAGAAAAUGUGAUAUGUAUUGGCCGGUCGAAGGAAUUGAAACUUAUGGGGUAAUACAAGUGAAAUUACUUAAAGAAGAUGUAAUGGCUACAUACACUAUACGCACAUUUCAAAUUAAACAUUUAAGAAUUAAAAGUAAGAAAAAUACUAUUGAAAAAAUAGUAUAUCAGUAUCAUUAUACUAAUUGGCCAGAUCACGGUACACCAGAUCAUCCUUUGCCAGUACUCAAUUUUGUAAAAAAGUCAUCUGCAGCCAGUUUAGCAAAUUCCGGCCCAAUAAUUGUACAUUGCAGUGCUGGAGUGGGUAGAACUGGAACAUAUAUAGUUUUAGAUGCCAUGCUCAAACAAAUUCAGUUGAAGGGUGUUGUAAAUAUAUUUGGAUUUUUGCGUCACAUAAGAACUCAAAGGAACUUUUUGGUUCAGACAGAGGAACAGUAUAUUUUUAUACAUGAUGCUCUGGUUGAAGCCAUUGAGAGUGGAGAUACUAACAUUCAUCAAAGCAAGAUGGAAUCGUAUAUUAGGAGUCUCAAAGACCCUGUAGAUAAUGAUGAUAAUGAAAUGAGUUCGAACCUUUUAGAGAUACAGUUUAAGUUACUGACCAGCUAUCAACCUAAGGAUUUUAAUUUGGUUUCGGCUAACAAGUCUUCAAAUGCUCAUAAGAAUCGUUCUAGCUCAAUAUUACCAAUUGAAAGUGGUAGAGUACAUUUAACGCCUAAGCCUGGUGUCGAUGGAAGUGAUUACAUUAACGCAACAUGGUUUCAAGGGUUCCAGAAAUUAAAGGAGUUUAUAAUUACUCAGCAUCCGUUGCAAGAUACAAUGCUGGACUUCUGGCAAAUGAUCUGGGAUCAUACUAUACAGACUAUAGUCAUGUUGUCAAAUAUUGAUCAGGAGGAAUACAAUGUGUACUGGCCAGAGGAUUACGGAACAUUUGAAGGUCAGAACUACAAAGUAAAACAUGUAUCUGAUUCAACUCUGGAUAAAUAUAUUAUACAUGAGUUCACAAUACAGUCUCUACAAGACGAUUAUGAAUUUAAUGUGACUAUAGUUCAUAGCCCUGGUUGGCCCCAUACUUGUGAGCCGAUAAGUUCUGUGUUUGAUUUCUUGAAAGUUGUUCAAACGCAGCACAUAAAGAAUCCAAAUGAACACAUAGUUGUUGUAGACAGAUUUGGUGGUACUGAAGCAGCUACAUUUUGUAUUCUGACAGCCUUGUGUAUGCAUUUGGAGUAUGAAAAACAUGCUGAUGUGUACAUGUAUGCAAAACUAUAUCAUAACAAAAGGCCAGGUAUAUGGCAAGUGUGUGAUGACUAUUUGUUUCUAUAUGAGGCAAUUGCCACUGUGAAACAAAACCUUGAACUGCUGCCUAAAGCAAACCUAAUGAAAGCAGCAGUAAUGGAGGAAAAGACUAUUGAUCAAUACCAAAGUGAUAAUAAAAGCUUCAAUGGAUGCCUCAUGAACAAUGGUGUUUCGAAAUGUAUUACCGAUACAAUGGAAUUGAUAAGUGAAAGGGAUCCACUUGAGUCUCAAACAUGCAAAGUUCUAGAAAGUAAUUCUAUUGCAGAUUAAAGUUGGCAUCAUAUUAGGUCAGGUGUAGGAAUGUCUGCGAUAGUGUGUUUGAUAAUGAAACAUAUGGCUUUUAUAUACACCAAUCUAUAAUAGGCAGUCUAGAACCAAUUGAAUUUUAUCAAUUUUUGAAGUUGAAGUAUUUCAUAUACAUAUAAGCUAUGUGUAAUUUUAUAUAAAUGCAAAUAUUAAUUAAC